AUGUCCUACGGCUCUAACUCGCAAGGCCCACUCUAUACUGCGCCUCCACCAGAGUACGCACCAGAGCAUGCACAAACCGCUAAUGCGGGAACGUCUUCGGCUCGUGAACCGUUUCUGGGUAGAGAGUGGGAGAAUGAUAAUGUACCUGAUGAUUUUAAGAUCGGAGUUUCAGUCGGUCAAUGUGAUAUUGGUAUUAGAAUGGCUUUUGUCCGCAAGGUAUAUUCCAUUCUUGCGACUCAGCUAUUCUUGACGAUGGUUAUGGGCGCUGUGUUCAUGUAUAACGAAUCUGCUAAACAUUGGGUUCAAUCAAAUCGUUGGGCUGUAUGGGUCUCUAUGAUUUCAACGUUUGUCCUUCUUUUUGCCUUGAUCUGGAAGCGUCGGUCUUAUCCAACAAAUUAUGUUCUUCUGAGUCUAUUCACGUUUGUUGAGGCUUAUGCUAUUGGAGUGACUGUCACUUACUUCGCAAAAGAACUCGUUCUUCAAGCUUUAAUUAUAACGUUCGGCAUCUUUGUUGCUUUGACUCUAUUCACUCUCCAAUCCAAAUGGGACUUCAGUGGCUUGUUCCCUUUCCUCUAUUGCGCAUUGUGGCUAAUCGUAAUUCUAGGAUUUGUGCAGAUCUUUAUUCGAUUUAACAGUACCUUUGAUUUAAUUCUUGCUACUGGAAUUGCGAUAGUCUUCUGUGGAUUUAUUAUUUAUGAUACUUACAACAUCAUGCAUAGGCUAAGUCCAGAGGAGUACGUAAUGGCUGCUGUCGAACUGUACUUGGAUCUUCUUAACCUAUUCUUGGCUAUUUUGCGUAUUUUAAACGAUUUGAGAGAUUAG